AUGGAAAUCGAGCUGCGAUGCCCCAUCUGCCAGGAAACUUUAAGAGCCAGUUGCUUGGGCAGGGCCGUAGUAACUACGGGGGCCCUAGUACUUGGAGUCGACCAAGGACCCGGUGACCUUGGAGUGCUCCCAUCACGUCUGCGUCCCUCGGACGGAAGUCUCCCGUUUCUGUCAGACUCCACGUGUCCUCGGAGCCUUAGCAGCCAGGCUGCUCACCUGGAAAGCUCACUGGGCUCGCAGUUCCCGUGUCCUGUUUGCGGCGAGCAGACAGCGAUCUCGGAAGCAGGAGUCAAGGUGGACCGCGUCUUGAAGCUCGUGGUGGAGACAUUUCAGCAGACGAAGGAAGCAUUUUCUGACGACGAAGCGCCGCCAAAGUGCGGGCUCUGCGAGGAAAAACUGGCCUCACAGCGAUGCCUGACGUGCGAUGGAGUUCUGUGCGAGGACUGCGUGCAAGCCACGCACUCCAGAGGCUACUUCCGCAGCCACCAGAUCGUUGACCUCCGGAAUGCCGCCGGCCAAGUCUCCUCCAGGAUGGUCUGCCAGGAGCACUCCCAGAGCUUAGAUUUCUAUUGCCUGGAAUGCCGAACUCCUGUCUGCUCACACUGUUCGAUCUUCGGCGAACAUCGAGAUCACCAAAAGACGAACUUGGACAAGGCAGUUCAGACCGGGAAGGAGACUCUCCAGGCCUGGAUCGACCGGCUGAGCCAGCGCAUCACGAGCGCCGAGGUGCUGUUGGAAACCUUCCACGAAGCGGACAAGGAAAUCACGCAGAGGGGGGAAGCUCAGCGGGCCAUCGUGAAUAACGAGAUGGACCACUUAAGGGAGCUCAUCGAGACGAAGCGGCGGCAGCUUCUGCAGAAGUCGGCCCUGGAGGAGAAGCAGAAGCGUGUGCAGCUGCAGGCACAAGUCAAUCGAGCUGAAGGAAUCCGCAGCGAAGCCAAAGGCUUCGUGGACCGCUCCGAGGGCCUCCUGGGAUUGGACAGCGAGCACGCGUUUCUGGCUGUGGUGCUGCCUUUGAUCCAGGACAUGAAAGCUUGCGCUGGCACGGCUGUUGAUAACAACCGGCACAUCUCGACGGCUUUCCGGCCCCUUUCCACGGACGCUCAGGUCCGAGUUCUGGGAGAUCUCGAUCUUGGCCAUCGUCUGCAACCGGCUCCCAUGCUGGCCGGCCCCUGCCAAUCGCUUGAGCCAGUGCCCUUUGUGCCCCAGUCCUACCAGCAGCCCAGGGAGCCCUACGUCCAGGCCCCGGCCCAGCACCCGGCUGCUGCCCCCAACGGCGGCGCGGCGCACCUGCCGCCGACAGCGGCCCACCUCAACGGCGCUUUUGCCCAGGUCGGGCCAGGAUUCUCGCGGAGAGUUGCGCAGGCGGAUGACUGCAGAAAUUUGCGUCAGGUCGCCUCCCACGUCCAGCUGGUCUACAGAGCCUCUGUUUAUCCAACGUAG